GUCAGGGAGCGGUGUGAACCAGAAGGAGAUUGGCUCGUUUGGGACUUCUGAGGUCUCUAGGCCGCGGGACUCCCGGGGCUUCGAUAAGAGCUCCCAGGUUGGGGGCUCGCGGUCUGCAGCGGGACCCUGCCCGCACCCCUGUCUCUCUAAGAUGAGUGCCUGCCCUUAUUCUUCUCUCUCCUCUGGUCCUGAGCCACGUGUCAGGAGCACACUUAAGAAGAUCUUUGGAUUUGACUCAUUUAAGACCACCUUGCAGGAGAGUGCCACCAUGGCAGUGGUUAAAGGUGAGAAGGAUGUGUUCGUGUGCAUGCCCACAGGGGCAGGGAAAUCCUUGUGCUAUCAGCUUCCUGCACUACUGGCAGCAGGUAUCACCAUUGUGAUCUCUCCUCUUAUUGCCCUGAUUCAGGACCAGGUAGAUCACUUGUUGGCCCUGAAAGUUCAUGUAUGCUCUCUGAACUCCAAAUUAUCUGCUCAGGAGAGAAAGAAAAUUCUAAUGGACCUGGAGAAAGAGAAGCCACAGACUAAACUCUUAUAUAUCACUCCUGAAAUGGCAGCCUCUGCCUCCUUUCAACCCAUUCUGAACUCGUUGGUGUCCCGACACCUUCUCUCCUACCUGGUGGUAGAUGAGGCUCAUUGUGUCUCCCAAUGGGGGCAUGACUUCCGACCUGAUUACCUCCGGCUUGGUGCACUGAGGAAACGAAUACCCCAUGCCCCUUGUGUGGCUUUGACAGCCACGGCUACCCAGCAAGUUCAGGAGGAUGUGGUCACUGCUUUGAAGUUGCGACAGCCAGUUGCCAUCUUUAAGACACCCUGUUUCCGGGCCAACCUCUUCUAUGAUGUGCAGUUCAAGGACCUGCUUGGUGAUCCCUAUGGAAACCUCAAGGAAUUCUGCCUAAAGGCACUUGGACGGAAAAAUGACAAAGAGGCUUUUCCUGGCUGUGGCAUCGUGUACUGCAGGACACGAGAGGCCUGUGAACAGGUGGCAACAGAGCUCAACUCCAGGGGUGUAAAAGCCAAGGCUUAUCAUGCAGGGCUCAAGGCUGAGGACAGAAUGUUAGUGCAAAAUGAGUGGAUGGAGGAGAAGGUUCCUAUCAUUGUUGCAACCAUCAGUUUCGGGAUGGGAGUGGACAAAGCAAAUGUCAGAUUUGUUGCCCACUGGAAUAUCGCCAAGUCAAUGGCUGGGUAUUACCAAGAGUCUGGACGAGCUGGGAGGGAUGGACAGCCCUCUUGGUGCCGCCUCUAUUACUCCAGGAAUGAUCGGGAUCAAGUCAGCUUUCUGAUAAAGAAGGAGAUCUCAAAACUGCAGGAAAAGAGAGGGAACAAGGACUCUGAUAAAGCCAGCAUGACAGCCUUCGAGGCCCUGGUGGACUUCUGUGAGAAGCUUGGGUGUACUUUUGGCCUAUUUGGGUCAUCGGACAUGAGAGGAAAUGACCCCUUUCAUCAGGCAGCUGAGGGAACAUUAAUACCGAAAGCUGGGAAUAUCUUAAAACAGACUGUGUCACUCUACCUCCUUUCUAGCCCCACCUCCUUGUAUUAAACAGAAAUGGAAGAAGAUGCCCCAAUCCUAACCCCUUUCUUGAGUUCUUCCCAGCUGAAGCCCAAGUGCCACUACGUGCCUUUCACCCCAUAUAAUCCCUGUCCUAGUUGCCAGGUCAUGUGGAGGAUUUUGAGGGGAUGUGUCUGAGGACAAAGACUGGGGCAGUAUCUUCAGAACCAUCUUCCUGGGACUGAGGUCUAAAAGGAGAUUCCAGGAGGUGAUUAGAAGAGUAAGCACCCCUGCCAUGGAGCCCGUUGGGAAGGAAGCUGAUAGCCACAGGGUUAGGACCUGGAAAACUGGCUGAUUUUGUCAGUGAAAAUGGAGUAAUUGUUACCUAAUUCUGUUGUCAGUGUUGUGCUCUGUCUCCCCCAUCUACGGCAAAUUGGAAUGGUUAGUCUAGACCUCAAGCCACUGCACAAAUAAGCCAGCUGGAGCUGUUCUGAGACGUGAGGAGACAGCAGGUGGAAAGCACUGUUAUCUCUAGUCAGUGCUAGAAAGAAGAACCAGAUCCUUCAAUAACUACUCCCUCACCGUCAUUACCAAGGCAACAAGGCAGGACUGGGCAUGGCUACCUGGCAACAACAACAAUUUCCCUUCGACCCUCCACGUUCACCCUUCAGGUUGCGUGCUGCCCCUUUGUGACAUCUCUUAUUACCCCUGGAAGAUUGUCCUUCAUGUUCAUUUUAGACAAAUCACUCCUAUAUGACAACAUUGGAAGUGAAGGGAGGACCCUGUAUGGUAGGAUUUCCCCCAGUUAACAUGCCCUAGGGCUAGCCCAGGUUCUUACCUGGUGAUGGCUGUCUAGGUGAUCUAGAUGACCUGCUCUAGAGCACAGGAGAAGUCUGGAGCCAGUUCUGCCCAAACCUUUUUGAAAAUGUCCUUUCAGUGCUGGGGUGAAUGAUUAACUAUAAUCUUGGCCAGUCCCUCCUGGUACUAGUUUCCGAGAGAAGAAAGGAUUCUUAUCACAACAGAAACCUUAUGCCUCAUUUUUCUGGGCAAGACAACGUUUCCCCAGUUGCCUCUGCUUUCUUCUAGGACAAGUUCCCAUAUCUCUCUGAUGAUGUGAUCAAGAAAAUGAAAAUAGCUAGAUCAGUGUGGACUAGGGAUGUCCACUCGGGUUAGCCCUCAAGAACAUCCUGUGUGUACCCUCUUCACCAAACAUCAUCCAUCUUGACUAGGAUUAGCCCUUGAUAUGUUUGCAGCCUGUUGCUGCUUGCUUUUUGUAGAGAUUAGGUCUUCAGGGUUACUGCCUUGUCUUCGUUCUCCAUGUUCAUCUUUUCCUUUAAAAACAAUCCAUUUGCCUGCUUUCCCGGAAUUCAAAAGGAAGCUGCUGGUUUCAGUCGCUUGACAGGCUGCUACCAUGUUGGCUCAAACCAAGUUCACCGAUCUGGAUGCAAUUUAAAUGAACCUGGAGCUCUUUCAGAGCCUUGUGAAAUGUGACAGCCAGCCAGGACAUUGCCAUUACAAAUAACUGAGUGAGCAGUCUUCCUUUGCCCUUAGGGUAGAGUGGGAGACAUCUGCCUGUCCUGUGUGGGCAGGACUCUUACUUCCAGUAUUUGGGAAGAGGUGGUCAACAGCCCUACAAGUUAGACUAGUUUUAGCAGUAGAACUUCAUUUUACUAUCCUGACAGGAAGAGACCGUCCCUAGUGCUGAGGAAGGACUCGUGUGUGGCAGUAUUUAGGGCAGCAGCAACAUUAGAGAAAAUCCAAGAUGAGAUUGAGUCUAAUCUCAUCACCACCACCUUGCAUUGCUUCUCCCUACUCUUUUUGUAGAAGAUAGGACUCCUUCCCUAUUUGCCUACCUGUGCUGUUUUCUUUCUGAGAAGGAAGGAAAUUUUACCCUUUUGAGUCCUAUCCAUUCACAUGGAGGUUAUUUUGAGAAAGAGUUGGGAGUGUGUGUGUGUUUGGGGUGGGAACUGGUUGACUUUGAUGGAGAUAAUGAAACCAGAUCCUGGGCCUGUGUUUUAAGUUGGAAUCCCAUAACUGGAUUGAAGUGUAGGGCUUGAGAUUAGGAGGCUGAGCCCAUAUGUAUAUUCAGGUGUGGUGAAUUUAACAGUUGACUCAGAAAGUACUACUGUGCCCCUCCUUCCUCCAAGCACACAGUUGUCUGUAGCAUUUAUUGCCAAACCCUAUUGGAUUCUUGCACUGCUUUUAAAAUUUUUUAUGGAGCUGUCAGCAGGGGAAGGGGCAGGGAAAUAUUUGUGUAAGAUGCAAAUAGUUCCUCCCUUUGUCUUUAGCCCUAACCUGUCCAACCAGUGCAUGAAAAUCAGGAAGUAAAACCAGCAAGCAAUGCCUGCCCUUCCUGGCCUGGUGAACUCAGCCAGGUUCCUGGACUAAACAGGCAAUGGGGACAGGCGGCAGAGCUCUGUGGGGUCAAGUCUUCGUUUUCAGGUAGCCAGAAGAGUUACUGGGAGGCACAGAAAAGGAACAGAACUAGAAAUAUUUUCCACUUGACGGCUCUGGGUAAUUAUUGACUUAGGAGAAUGAGAAAUCACAGUGAGGAUGUUGCUCUCGGCAGCUCUGCCGUUUAUGGAAACCUUUUCUUCCUUCUACCUCCAUUCCUGGGUUUAUAUCUCUUUCCACCUGAAAAGAUCCCUUGGAACAGGAACCAAAAACUAUCUGGGGUCAGGGGCAAAGCAGUUUGCCACACCUUAGGCCAGUUCUGAAACUGGCUUCUACGAGCUCAGGGCUAAAGCAGGGGGGCCAGGAACAACAAGAAGCCAUCGAAACUUUCCUUCAUCUUAAAAUUUGGGAAAGAUGUGUUUGUUGCUCCCUUCCUGCCUUAUGGUUGAAGGAAAAUAGGAGAUGAGUAGGAGUUCCAUAGAAACCCUGGUUCUGGCUAAAUGCCUCUGAGCCACCCUUUGUCUGGACUCCUUCUCCAGCGAUCGUUGUUUUAAUGGAUAUUGUGUUACACUGGGACAUUUGGCUUUGACACAGCAGACAGCCGAUCCAGUCCCUCACAAAGUACAUUCCCCUGAAAACAUUUGGACAAAACCACUCUGUGGAAUGAUUGACUAUCAUUUUCCACUUUUGUAUUUACCAUUCAAUAACAAAAAGGAUAUCUAUUUUAAUAAUUUGGUGACAGUAUCUUCUGUUGUA